AUGGGGAAGAAAAUUCAAUGUAUCGGGCGUUAUGUGAUGGACGGCCUUACCUUGGGUAAGGGGAACUUUGCCCGCGUGGAGUUAGCUACACAUGGAGUUACCGCUUGUAAGGUGGCUAUAAAGAUUAUAGAUACUAGAAAAAUAAAGGAGGAGUAUGUGCGUCAGAACCUUCAUCGUGAGGCUCGAAUCCUCGGUCAGCUACGUCACCCUAAUAUUGUCCGUCUGUACGAGACAUUGAAGGCUACCACACUCUACUGUCUAGUGUUAGAAUGUGCUUCCGGUGGGAAUUUACUAGCAUAUAUAAAAACAUUUAAGGAUUUUCUUCUUCCGGAGGAUCGUGCUCGUCCUUACCUUCGUCAGUUGGUGUCUGCUGUCCAUUACCUACAUGAGAAAGGCGUGGCCCACAGAGAUUUGAAAAUGGAAAACAUAAUGCUGGAUGAAAAGAAGAAAAACAUUAAAAUUGUUGAUUUUGGCCUUAGUAAUACUUUCAACCCUAAUGAGUUAAUGAAGACGCACUGUGGUUCACUUGAGUAUGCAGCACCAGAACUCUUUACUACAGGCGGAAAGUAUGGACCAGAAAUAGACAUAUGGAGUAUAGGAAUAGUACUGUAUGCAGUAGUGGUAGGUAAACUUCCCUUCACCACACCUUACACAGACCAAUACCGCAGGGAAAAACUGCUACAACAGAUAGAGAAAGGCCUCACAGAGCAACACAACAGAGAGAUGGCUCACAUCACCAGUGAUUGCAAAGACAUCUUAAGGAAGAUCUUGGAGCCAAACCCAGACCUCCGUCUGUCUGUAGUGGAGAUAGAAAAGCAUCCUUGGGUCACAUUCAAUGAGAAGAUGCCUUUCUAUGCUUUCCAUGCAUUUCCUCGGGACAAAGGCAUGAAAGCCAAGGUAAUGGAUGAGCUAUCAGACAUGCUGAGUAUGAAAAAAGACCAAGUGGAAAAGACUGUACACGAGUGUAAAUGUGAUGAUCUGUCAGCCAUGUUUAAUAUGAUCAUGGACACAAAAAGAAGUGAGAAAGGUUUGUUUGAAAUUGACUACACAACACAGCCAGAAAAGAAGCUUGACAUAAAAACAAAGAAACACAAGCGAAAGUCUAUGCAGCAGAGGACAGCAGAGUUGGAGGGUGGGUCAUCACGUGGUAACCAUGUUGGUCAUCAUGCUGAUGCCAAUGAGCUGUCACCAAAAACUGGUCAGACCGGGGAAGGACCACCCAACGAACAACACAAAGUCAGUGCCAGCUUUGACUUCAUGGCCCUGUGCAGUGCCCCAUCUUGGUUAGGACCAGAAAAGAAACGAUCAAAACCAAGGCGGUCUUUACGAUACAACAGGCUUAUGUCCCCUAAUCAAACAUCGGAUCCCAGCCACAGCAACGAUACGAUCAACACUAUUCCUAAUAACCCGAGCAAUCCUAACCUCCUGUCGCCGGGACAACCAGGACAGAUGGCCUUCAAUCGUCGCUCUUUCAGUCGUCGCAACUCAUCGCAGCGAAAGAAACGGUCAAGUUCUUAUGGACCUGGAAAUCGUCGCACAAGCAGUCUCAAAGAUGUGCAAGGUUCUAGCAGUUCGCAACCCAACAGUCCCACGACCCUGCUCAGUCCCUCCAUACGUAUUGACCCACCUCGCCCCCUCCCCAUCCAGCGUCCCAAAGACCUGAGCGUGAAGGGUUGUUACCACUUGUCUCCAUUCUCUCUUCAUGUCCCUGCCAACAAGAGUUCCUCCUAUACAAAUAUUAAUGGACCUGUUAUGCACCCAAGAGAGAAGUGUAGAAAUAAUUCAGACAGUUCAAAUCCUUGCUCCACUACAGAACUGCUCAGCUGUGCCGGCUCUCUUGAGGCACUCAUUGAUCCCAACAAAGUAGAUGUAUCAUUGGAUGCUGUAGAUUCAGGGCAGAAAUCAGCUGCUGAAGCCAAAAUGUCAUCCAAUGAUAAGCUAGAAUCACUUAUGGAGGAUGGGAUUGACUCCGUCGAGGCGCGAAUUGCAUUAGUAGACAUUAAAUCUAUCGUAAGACCAAAGGUGUCAACAAAACAGGACAAGAAGCACAUAGUGACGUCAAAAGUUAGUAAUGUGUGUGAUUCACGGACGACACUGUCAGCAAGCUCGCUGGAGCGUGUGGUAUCUACAUCUAUGCAAUCAAGUGAGGAUAGGAAUCCACGGAUACGAUGUGCUCAAUGUUGUGAAUUAAAUGUGUCAGAUUGUAACAAGGCCAGCAACAGUGACGCACAACUGUUUACGGUGGACUCGGAAAUACCAGAGGACCAGGUGGAUAGUACUACAGAAUUAUUGGGGGCCACUAAAAUGGUGGACCUUCCAGAACCUUCGUCAAUGGAAAUCACAGAUCGUGGUGUGGUGUGCUGUAAUAAAGAUCAAAAGGAUGCAGUGAAUGGGAAGGACACCUUAUCCACAGGGGAGGGACAUGUACCUCCUCCAAAGAACGGCCCAGGAGGCUUGCAUUAUCGGCGCUCCAGUGAGUUGAUGAAUACACUCGAGUAUAGCCCCGAUGUAGAGGCCUAUUUAGAGGAUGGGCGCAGCUCUGUGUCAACGCGUUGUUCCAACAUGUCACUCUAUAAUCUUGUAAUGCCGAACACACCCACACGACAAAUGUUUCAGAUGCCCCUCGCGCGCAUAGAAAGCUUCCACAGCGAUGACUUUGAUGCAUUAGCAACAGACUUAGAUUUCACCCCAAAUGUGAAAUCGACGUCGAGCGCCACAACUCCUUCCAGCACUGUAAAUACGCCUACUAUGCCAUGUUUUGCCUAUAAACUUCAUCUCCAUAAGAAGAAAAAUGCCAAGUUAAAAGCGAAUAAGUUUAAAAAUUCAAGUGGAAAAGAAAUGUGUGUGAAAGAGAUAGACUCAGGAGGAAUGUGUAACUCAUCUAUCACAGAAAGUGAGCUCAGGAUCGACCCGUCAUGUUCAGAGCCACUGCUCAGCUCAGGGAGUGAUGGAGGGGUGGAGAGAGUUAUGGAGGAGGUUGUAGAUAAACCCUCCUCAGUCAGCAAAGCCAAAAUCCAUCCCAUGGACAAAGAUGAACAAGAUACGAGUGAAUUGAUAUUACGAGGUACAAAAAUCAACAACAAGUCCAUUCCAAAAAACAAGUGCACAAGCACCUCCAAUGCGAGCGAGUCUACGGGUAAUGAUGUCAGGACCAGGAAGCAGCAGAAUUCUCAUGAAAAGACAUCAAAAGCUAACAACUCAGAAAACAAAAAAGUCUCUUUAAAAUGCUCACCUUGGAAACAUGGUUUUGUCCAUUUUUUAAGAAAAAAAAGGCAAGGUCAAGGUUACAGAGCUGGUAGUCAUAACAACAAUGACUCGAUUAACUCUAACUACCACUCUUCUAACUCGGCGACAACCAACACGCGGAAUGGCCACACCCGCACCUCAUACAGCAAACCUCUCCUCACUGCCCAAGAGGAACACAGUGCAGACAUGGAAACUCAGUUCAGCUCCUCUCCUCUUCCCACAUUUUCUGAUGCAUUAGAAGUGCGCUCGUCCCCCGUUCCAGGGCACACCCCCACCCCCAGCACAACUAAAGUGUUUGACUUCACGGUGAUCACAUCCGAGUCGCCCCAGGCCAAGUCCUGCCUGCUGAGCUGGCGAGGCUGUCGUGAGUGCUUCUCUGACGACCAGCUGUCCGAGGACGGGGGCAGUGAAUGCACAUUUCGGUUUGAGCAGAGCGUUGACGUUGCUAUCAAAACCACUAUGGCAAUAAAGAGCGUCCAAGAUGCCAAAAACUACUCAGCUUACAAGUAUGCUCACACGUGA